AUGGACUUCUCGGCUCCCCCCGCCCGCGGCUGCUACAACUGCGGCGACACCUCGCACCAGGCCAGGGACUGCCCGACCAAGGGCAACCCCACCUGCUACAACUGCGGCGAGCAGGGCCACCUGAGCAGGGAAUGCCCCCAGCCCCAGGCUGAGAAGCCCUGCUACCGCUGCGGCAAGGUCGGUCACCUGUCCCGCGAGUGCCCCGAGGGCGGUGCUCCCGGCAUGGGCGCUGGCCAGGAGUGCUACAAGUGCGGCAAGGUCGGCCACAUUGCUCGCAACUGCAACACGUACGGCGGUGGUUUCGGCGGCGGCUACGGCGGUGGCAGCGGCUUUGGCGGCGGUCCUCGUGGCCAGACCUGCUACUCCUGCGGCGGCUACGGCCACAUGUCCCGUGACUGCACCCAGGGCCAGAAGUGCUACAACUGCGGCGAGGUUGGCCACCUGUCCCGCGACUGCCCGUCCGAGACGUCCAACGAGCGUGUCUGCUACAAGUGCAAGCAGCCCGGCCACGUCCAGGCUGCCUGCCCCAACUAA